AUGAGCCCACAGUCUUCGAGGGUGAUGAGCCCAGAUGCUGCUGGCCCCUCGUCGUCUCCUCCGGUUCUCCCUGAAGGAUGGCUCGCCCAGUGGGACGGACGACAGCAGCGAUGGUAUUAUGUCCAACCCGUCACCAGGAAAUCCCAAUGGGAGAUCCCGACUGAACCGUUCAUUGCAUCGACGUCUUCGACUCCUCACUCGGCCGCCAGUCCUGGUCCGUAUCCGUCCCCUCUCACCAUGAGCUCCACGUCGCCCGAAUCCGAAGCUACAAGAGAAUUGAUGGAAGUAAGGAACGGGAAGUGGGGUGGAAACGGCAACUUCGCGGCUACACAACAGUUAUCGCCUCAGAGCACUUCUCCAAGGUCUCAAAGAACCCCGGUUGCCGGCGAUGUGAUCCAGCACUCACGCUCCUCAGCGCAAAGCACGCCUGUCCAUGUCAUACCCGAUCUCUCUGCCCUAGCCGGCCAAGACGAGAUGGUGACCCAGCACAAUAGCGCAAGCCAUUCGCGCGUUGGAAGCAAUACACCCCAACAGCCCAUAUCUCUACCUGGCCAGGCGCAAGGCUUUCAUGCCACGUCGGGCUCGCCAGCCAACCAACAACUGCAACAACACUUUCCUCCGCAGCCCCAGUCCUACAAUGAAAACCCCAUCCAGAGCAGCGGUGUUCCCAUGGGACAACCGCAACAUGUAAACAGCAUACCGAUGAACCCGAGCCCGCCAGGCCAGUUCUAUGGAGGCCAGAUGCAUGACCCCAACCCGCGCUCGUUUAGCGGCCCUCCACAGCCGGGAGACCCCCGUUUCGCAAACCAGCCCAUUCCAGUGACACCUGGAAAAUUCCCUCCCCGCGUUUCUCCAGUGCACAACCAACGACACCAGGAACAUGGGAUCACCCUUCUCAACCAAGACCCCAACGCCCCUCCUAUCUUCCCCGUCUCUCACCGUGAAGCGCAGAGGAAAAGACAGUCGGAAAGACAAGAGUCGUACGCAAAGUACCAGGCUGGGCCGGCAGGCCAGCCGUACCCCUCUCGGGGCCCUCCCACAGGGAACUAUGACCACAGAUAUAGAGAGCCAGAAAGCCUGCCAAGGAAUAUCCCACCGCCACCGGCCGGCUUCGGUUCAAACCCCAUCUAUGACCCCCAUAUAGACCAGGGCAGACCUAUAUAUCAGGAACCGAUCCCAGGGCCAUCCGGUGGCCAAUAUGCAACUUCAAGACAACAUGGUAGCCCUGGAAAUGGGCCAUCAUGGCAGCAGCCACCACCUCCACCCCACUAUGGCGGAUAUCAAUCCGGUAUGCCGCCUCGCGCUGACUAUGUGCCACCACCGCAACAGCAUUACGGAGGAGACGUCGGAGGAUACCCCGGCAACUGGGGAAGAUAA